GCGGCGCGCGCGGGGUCGCUGUGGGCGCUGAGGGGGCGGCGGGCAGCGCGGUGCCAGGCGCGGUGAGGGCGGGCAGCGGCGCCGCGCCGGCUCCCGGCGUGUCCUUGUGCCCUCCCACUGCCCGCCAGCGGCUCCCUCUGUGCCCGCUCUGCUGCCGCCCGGGUCACGGUGCCCUCGGGUCCCACAGCACGGGGGCUGCCCGCGAAGGGCGUGGCGGUCUGUGGGGUUUGGGGCCCUGUUUUCCCAGUCCCUGAGGACUGGAGAGCCGCAAAUGCGGGGCUGGCAGCGGGGCCCCUGGGCUGUGGCAGCAGGCGGUGGCACCAUGUCGUGCCGUGCGUGAGCUCCCCUUGGCAGGAGAGGGAAAUAAAGCGCUGGUGAGAGGCUGUGGAUGCUCCCAGCAGCAGCGCUGCCCGCGGCAGUCUCUGCGAGGCUCCCUUCAGCGUGCUCAGAACGCGCUCAGGGGCUCUCCGCGAGAUCUCUUGCUUACUUCUGGACUUGGACAGGCCUAAUCUGUGAAGAUAAUUAAAGUUCCUCUACUGUGGAUGCUGUGAAGCCUUGAAAUUCUUGACAGAAUGACAAAAUAGGAAAUACUGUUAAAUUCCAGCGCCAUUUGUAGCCAUUGUGAGCGUCCUUAUUCUAAAAAGACACCGUGUGGAUGAACUCCUCGGGAUGCUCGAGGAAAGCACUGAAGUUUGAAGGACUUCCAGGAUCCUGGCUGUGACACAGGUUCUGCUGCCGAGCCUCAGUGUGCCGGCCCUGCUCUGGCUGCUGCUGUAACCCGCGCUGUCGGUAACGCUCCCGGCGGCUUGCCGUGUGUUGGCGAGCCCGGCGGCCCGGCCAUGUCCCCGCUGCCCGAGGUGCGCAGCUCGGUGCAGCUGUACCGGUACCUGCUGCGCUGCUGCCGCCGCCUGCCCGCGGGCCCCGUCCAGCAGCACUACCGGCACGCCAUCCGCCAGAGUUUCAAAGUCCAUGCUGAUGAAGACGAUCCUGAGCGAAUCCAGCAGAUCAUUAAGAGAGCCAUUGAAGAUGCUGACUGGGUGAUGAAUAAAUAUAAAAACCAGAAGUAGAAGAGGAAGGAUGAAACCAAGGAGGACAUUGGUAAACAUCCUUAGAGGACUUGCAGUCAAGCCCAGUACUGUAUUAGAAUUAUUGCCUGAAGUUUUGUCUUGGAUAAUAUAAAUACAAUAAUUUACAUUUCACUGGGAUGUCAUGAAGCUAAAUUAAUAUUUCUGAAGAAAUUAAAUUUUGUAAAUUGCCUUGUAUAAUCACGAACUUCUAAGUUAAAGCCCAAGCUUGCCUAACA